AUUCCGAAAUUCACUAAUACGUUACAAUCUUCUUCCAUUCUCUUCUCAUCUUUUCCCUCACACACACUCUUUACUAAACAGUAAACACUACAUUUUUUCUCUUUCUUUUCUUUCAUUCAUUCUCAAUUCACCGAUGCAAGACCCUUCCAGACCCGCCACCGGCUACCCAGCCCCACCGUACAACCACCCUAACGCUGCCCAAUACCCCUACGCCGCACCACCACCAUACUACCAACCACCACCACCUCCCCGUCCCUACGCCUCCCGCUCCUUCUUCCGCGCCUUCUUCGCCACCAUGAUCUGCCUCGCCGUCAUCUUCGCCGUCAUCCUCGUCAUCACAUGGCUCGUCCUUCGCCCUUCCCUCCCUCACUUCACCUUAGCAUCUCUCUCCCUCUCCAACUUCUCCGCCUCCAACCAAUCCCUCUCCGGCACAUGGCGUCUCUCUUUUAACGUCCGUAACGGUAACAGAAAAAUGUCCGUCACUUAUAACGCUCUCCGUUCAUCCAUCUUUUACCAUUCCAACUACAUCGCUGAAUCGGAGCUUGCGCCGUUUAAGCAGGAUACGAAAUCUGAAACGCCGCUUAACGUUACUUUCUCUGCUGCUAAUGCUUACUUUGAAUCGGGUGCGGUUAAGGAUCUUAACGGUGAUAGAACUCGCGGUUCGGUUCCGUUUGAUGUGCAGAUUUUGGCUUCCACUUCGUUUCGGUCUGGAUCGUGGAGGUUUAGGACGAGGAUUCUUAAGAUUGUAUGCCGGAAAGUUGUGGUUGGGAUUUUGUCGAAUUCGACUUCCGGUGAAUUGGUUGGUUUGCCCGGUGAAUGUCAGGUGUGGACUUAACUUGAUUUCAGGUUUAGGGUUUAGGAUUUACGGUUUACCCUAAUUUGUAUACGGGUUCUUUUUUUGAAACCCUAGGUUUGAAAAUUGGAUUCAGUGAUAAAUGUUUUUAGGGGUUUAUGACUAUGGAUUAUGGUUUAUAUACGAAAUUGAGGAUUGUUGAUUAGUCUUUGACUGUAUAUAAUUCUCCCAUGUUAUUUUAUUUGCUUCUUGUUA